AUGGUCAUAGUGGUGAUGGCUUUGGUAGAGGUGGCUGUGAUGGUGACAGUCGUGGUGAUGGUGAUGGUCCCAGCAAAGGAACAUCCUGAUCACAGCCAGGCUAUCUACAGCAUGGUCCUGCCAAGAGCGAGCGGAGCCUCGGCGAGCUCUGGGGGGCGGGCGCUGGAGCGCAGCGCAGCGCAGCCCUAUCCGUCCGCGGAGCGGACUCCCCUGGAAGCGGAGCGCUGCCACCGGAGGCGGGCGGUGGGGGCAGGUGCCGCCGGCUGCGCCAUGGACGGGCCGCGCCUGCUGCUGCUGCUGCUGCUGCUCCUGGGGGUGUCCCUUGGAGGUGCCAAGGAGGCAUGUCCCACUGGCCUGUACACCCACAGCGGCGAGUGCUGCAAAGCCUGCAAUCUGGGUGAGGGGGUGGCCCAGCCUUGCGGAGCCAACCAGACCGUGUGUGAGCCCUGCCUGGACAGCGUGACCUUCUCGGACGUGGUGAGCGCCACCGAGCCGUGCAAGCCGUGCACCGAGUGCGUGGGGCUGCAGAGCAUGUCGGCGCCGUGCGUGGAGGCGGACGACGCCGUGUGCCGCUGCGCCUACGGCUACUACCAGGACGAGACGACGGGCCGCUGCGAGGCGUGCCGCGUGUGCGAGGCGGGCUCGGGGCUCGUGUUCUCGUGCCAGGACAGGCAGAACACCGUGUGCGAGGAGUGUCCCGACGGCACGUACUCCGACGAGGCCAACCACGUGGACCCGUGCCUGCCCUGCACCGUGUGCGAGGACACCGAGCGCCAGCUGCGCGAGUGCACGCGCUGGGCCGACGCCGAGUGCGAGGAGAUCCCUGGCCGUUGGAUUACCCGGUCCACACCCUCAGAGGACUCGGACAGCACCGCCCCCAGCACAGAGGAGCCAGAGCUACCUCCAGAUCAAGAAAUCAUAGCCAGCACCAUGGCAGAUGUGGUGACCACAGUGAUGGGCAGCUCUCAGCCUGUAGUGACCCGAGGAACCGCUGACAACCUCAUCCCUGUCUACUGCUCCAUCCUGGCCGCCGUGGUUGUGGGCUUAGUGGCCUACAUUGCCUUCAAGAGGUGGAACAGCUGCAAGCAGAACAAGCAAGGAGCCAACAGCCGGCCCGUGAACCAGACGCCUCCGCCGGAGGGAGAAAAGCUCCACAGUGACAGUGGCAUCUCUGUGGACAGCCAGAGCCUGCAUGACCAGCAGCCCCACACACAGACGGCCGCAGGCCAGGCCCUCAAGGGGGAUGGAGGUCUCUACAGCAGCCUGCCACCAGCCAAGCGGGAGGAGGUGGAGAAGCUGCUCAAUGGCUCUGCGGGGGACACCUGGCGGCACCUGGCAGGUGAGCUGGGCUACCAGCCUGAGCACAUAGACUCCUUCACCCACGAGGCCUGCCCAGCCCGAGCCCUGCUUGCCAGCUGGGCCGCCCAGGACAGCGCGACGCUCGACGCCCUCCUGGCUGCUCUGCGCCGCAUCCAGCGAGCCGACAUCGUGGAGAGCCUGUGUAGCGAGUCCACGGCCACGUCUCCAGUGUGAGCUGCCCCAGAACCCCUGCCCUGCCCCCACAUUCCGACGACGACUGAUGCUCCAGCCAGCCCCCACGGGCCAGCGUCAGAGCUGAGCUUCUCUGGGCAGGGCCACGGAGCCCUGGGCCCCUACGCCACAGCCCUGUCCCCACUCCUGUGUGGCCCCAUCGCUUCUGAUCACUCUCUCCAGCACCAGAAGUGCCCCUGACACCUCUCCCACCCUGCCCCCAACCAUCACAUCUCAAAUCUUCUGCUCUCUUCUCCCCACACUGCUGGGUGGGCCAGCCCCUCCCACCUCCACAGGUAUCAGGUCUGGGGGGCUGACACCAAGGCUGGUGUUGGGGGCAAGGACAAAGCCCCAGAGACUCAAAGGGAGAGACUGAGGAAACCAGAGCCACAGGCUCUACACUGUGAACCUGGGGAAUGAGGGACCAUCAUUGUGGCCUACAUCCUCCUUCAGCCCCCUCAUCCUCCUCUCUGGCCCAAAAUGAAGAUGAUCAGAGGCUUAUCAGAGUUGGAAGGGGGUUCUGAUCCACCCCCCCCCCUUGUUUUACAUAUAGACAGGCCCAGAGAGAGGGAGUGACUGGCCCAAAGCCACCCAGCAAUGGGGAAGACAUAUGUGGGCUGGCCCCCCACUCUCUGAAUUAGGGGGGGCAGGCCUCGGGUUUGCUUGAGGGCAGGGAGCAGGGGUUGGGGGGGCAGGCAACCCUCUGGGAAAUGUCUCAAAGCCAAAUCUAGCCUGUCCUCUAGCAUCUUCAGGCCCCGUCCAACCCCUGUGGAGAUGGGGAUGCUUCACCCAAGGCCUGGUCCAUUGAUCCAUCAUGGUCAGUGAUGGAUUUGAUUGAGCAUGGUUUAGGGUUUGUGGAAAGGGGUCCCUUUGCCAGUUCUGCUCAGGCACAUCAGUGUGGCAUCCAUGGUGUGGCCCAGCCUACAGGUGCCUUCCAUCCCGGCACAGACCCAGAGCCAACACAAGACAGUAUCUUCUCCUAGAGCCAGCCCGUGGGGUCAGGGAAUAAGGACCCCUGAUCUGCAACAAACACACACACACACACACACACACACACACACACACACACACACGAUGAGAAAUCUGCUUUUCUACACGAGUUCUUUCUCUUGGGCUGGGACCGGAUCCUGCCCAGGGCAGCUGCCAGAGAAGCACUGAAGGGAUUUGAACUCAGCUUGCCCUCUUCCCUCGCCCCUGGUUUGGCGGGCCAAGGACGGCUGAGGCUUGAGCUGGCGUCUGGAGUCCAAGGGCCUGCACGUGGAGGAAUGCUCCCCCCCCCACCCCCCCCACCCCACCCCCGUCCUUCCUUUUCCUGCAAGCGCGGGUUUGGCUGGACUCCGGAGGUUGCAGUGGAGAGAAGCGGACCAGUGUGGGAAUGCGGCAAGAAGGACCUGAGGGAGUCUGCGGCCCGCAGAGGCGCCCCUCCCAACUGUAGCGGACCCCGCGGAGGACUGUUGCUUCCCUAGUUUGGUGCCAGAAAGGGGCCAUGAAGUCUCAUGAAGUCCCUCCUGGCCUGUUCUGUGUUGCUUGACGUUGGAAUGAGUGUGGCGCCCCUCUAUUUAGCAUGAACGAACCCAGCCCCAAGCAGGGUGUGUGGUGACAGCCACCGCCUCCCCUUUGCCCAGGGUGCUCCCAACUCCGUGUAAGGGACUGGGAGCCUUGUAAGUAAAUGGCAUUUCCAUGACCUCGAUCUGAUGGAUCUGACAGCGAGGAGGAAACUCACCUGCUGGCCCCUCCCCUGUGCACCUGGAACCUGGAGAGCGGGACAGAAUCUGAGUGUAUUUAUUGUCCUCCGCAGCAGGUGGGGACGGGGCUGGGGUACCGCAAGUAGGUUUUAGCAUGUGUUUGGUUCUGGGGCCCCUCCCGCCUCCCUCUGGGCCAAGAUGAAACCCUUUGGCAACCCCCCAGCUGGGGGCUGUGAGCUCCAGACCCCCUGUCACCUCCCCCUUGCAUCCUGUGUAAUCAUUUCUUGGGCCUUCCUAAAACCUACACAUAAAACAUAAAUGAUGAGCAUUAUAAUAGCAAAGAAAGAAAAGCAGUGCAAAGAGA